UCUCUUUAGGUGGAGAGCUUUUUUGUUUUUGUGGGUCUAGUGUUGCAUUUUCCUGUGUUACGUUUGCCUUAUUUUUCGCGUGUUUCGAAUAAUGUAGGAAUGAAAAUUUGUUAUCUGGGUUUUUAUUUGGUUGCUAUGUUUGUUGGUGUGGGAAAACUUGUGACCGACACUUAUCUCUGUGGUUAUAAAUUCUUGGAAGGAAUUGUUUCAAUCUUUGUUACCUUAGACUGUCGUCUUUGUUAUGUGUUGGGGAAUUUUGCUCUUUGUUUGUCGCUUUGACAUUGCUUUAGUAUUAUGAUGACUCAAGUCUGUGUCAGGGUUUUUUGUGAAACCUCGAAAUUGAAUUUUAAGUUGUAGUUUUUUUAACUGGACAUGGAGCUGUUUUUGAAUCCUGCAUAUAUAUGAGUUUCUCUUUUGGUGAAUUUUACGUCUCAUUUUCAAAUCUCUUUACCUUUUUUUGGUUUCAGUAGACAGCAUAGCAUGAAUUGGUUACCUGAAGCUGAAGCUGAGGAGCACUUCAAAGGACUUCUCUCUGGUGAUUUCUUUGAUGGUCUCACCAAUCACCUUGAUUGCCCACUUGAAGACAUCGAUUCCACCAAUCUUGAGGGAGAUUGGGUUGCCAGGUUUCAAGACCUUGAGCCUCCUCCCAUGGAUAUGUUCCCUGCUUUGCCUUCUGAGCUCACCUCUUUUGCCAUUCGCAAGGACAAGGGCGCGGGCGCUCGUGUGGGCAUUCGCAAGAACAUGAAACAGUUCUGUUCUUCUCAAGCCUUGUCUGGCAUCAACAGCACUUUCCGCCAAUCUUCAGCGCCUCCUGGAAUCAAUGUUUCAAAGCUAUUUCAGUCUUUAGGUCCAGUGUCAGUUCUUGAGAGAUUGGCUUUCCCUGUGAAAGGCAUGAGAACCAAGCGCAAACGCCCCACAACACUGAGACUUAGCUACCUUUUCCCCUUUGAGCCCAGAAACCCUGAUAAGUCAACUCCGGGCGAAUCAGAAGCCGAAAGUUACUAUUAUUCUGAGCAACAUGCCAAGAAGAAACACAAGAUUCACCUGAUCACCCACACGGUGUCUUCCAGUUUUGAGGCAAGUAACUCGGAUGGGAUAGUCCGGAAAUGCACUCAUUGUGAGACAAGCAAGACCCCGCAGUGGAGGGAAGGACCCUGUGGACCGAAGACCCUCUGCAACGCUUGCGGGGUCCGGUUCAAAUCUGGUCGUCUAGUUCCAGAAUACCGACCAGCCUCAAGCCCGACCUUCAUCCCAUCGGUGCAUUCAAACUCACACAAGAAGAUCAUUGAGAUGAGAAGGAAGGACGACCAACAGUUUGAUACCAGCAUGAUUCGGGCAGUGAUAUCCGGAGCAUAAGGACAAGAGGGUAAAGCAGUUUUAAGUUUGGUCUCUUAUCCGCAGAAAUGGGAACUCAAGUGAAGGAAGAAUAUGGUAUAAAAGUAGGGGUUAGUGACUGUUUUCAAAUCUGAUGAAGAGAGUUUAGGGGUUUAGUUGAAGUUAGGUAUAUUAAAUAUUGUUGUUUGAUUAUGUGUUUUUAUCUUAUAUCUCUCUCUUUUUUGCGAAGCCAAUGUUUGCUUCUUUUUAUUUUUUUUAGUUCUUUGAAAUAAUCCUAUUCUUUUUUACUUCAAUCCCAUAAUCUUCUAGUU